AAACAUUUGAGAAAUUGUAAACAAAAGUAUCUUUCUAUUAUCGAGAAAAAAGAAAAAAACAAAAUAUCCUUUUGUCAAUGAAAGUAUCGUUCAAACAUUGCAGGUUCAUAUAUAUGUAUAUAAUUGAAUAUUUUAUCGAUAUAAUAAUGAUCGCGAUUCACUCCAUACGCACAAUUGCCAUAUUCACGAUCAGAAAAAGCAAUUGGUAAUUAUCAAUUUUCGUUCUAACAAGCAUUAUAUAUAACUAUCACAAGUACGAUAGUUACGAAAAAUAUAAAAAUAUUUGCAAAUGUUUAUUUUACAUGAUGAAACUUAUUAUGAAAAAAGAAAACCACAACCGGAUUUAGGACCGAUAAAAAACUUUUUGAAAUUUAUUUGGAAUAAUGAAAAGAAGACACUUUUCGACAGAACUGCAAAAGAAUGGGGUGAAGUGACCAUCUUUUACUUUUUCUUUUUUGGUGUCCUCGGUUCAAUUUUUGCAUUACAAAUGUACUUGAGUCUUCUAUAUAUAAAGGAUUUAAAAAAACCAUUCUUUACGUAUAGUGGUUUGCUCAAUGUUCGAAGUCUUUUAGAUGAUCUUCGUAUAUUACCGACAUCGUUGGUUAUCGAAAAUCCAGGUUUCUCAUAUAUUAAUCUCAUUUCUUUUUCCUUCGUCUAUUGUUCCUUUAUAUUUUAUUUUUUGAUAUUUCAAACAGGAAUCGGUUACAAACCGAAUAUUCCAUUACCGCUUACUUCGCCGAUCAUUUGGAUAAGUGAAACAAAUAAAAAUGCUCGAUCCAAACGAUACGUUCAAGCUUUAACAGACUUUCUAAAAGAUUACACGACGAAUAGCACGCAACGAGAAUUAAAAUGCAGUGAGGGUCAAUUGAGACCAUACAGUAAAUUAAAGCCCUGUUUCUUUGAUGUAAAAAGUCUCGGUACUUGCGGGAAAGCCCCUUACGGAUAUACGAUACCGAUUCAGCCUUGUGUUCUGAUUAAAUUCAACAAAAGACUUGGUUGGAUUCCGCGUUAUUAUAAUCGAUCUUCUGUAUUACCACGUACUAUGCCAAAUUUUUUGAAAAAAAUCAUUAAGAAAUCAGAUAAAGUCUAUAUUUGGUUAUCUUGCAAUGGAGCAGACAACAUAGACAAGGAACAUAUUGGAAAAAUUGAAUACAUUCCUAAUCCUGGCUUCCCUAUUGAAUAUUUUCCAUUUAGAGGGCAAAAGGAUUAUGUAUCUCCUGUCGUCGCUAUAAAAUUUAAGAAUCUUACGCCAAAUAGACUUUUGACGGUACAGUGUAUAGUGUGGAGUUCUAAUGUAAUACAACCUACCAGUUAUUAUAUGGAUUUUCAAAUAAUCAUUGAAAAAUGAUCGGUCGAACUGCAGACAUCGUAAGGAAUAGCUUAAAGUUAAACGCAUUACAAGUGUAGAAGAAAUGUAAGAUUUAUAUUUAUU